AUGCCGGAAUGUCUUUGUUAUAUAUUUCACCAUAUGGCAAGUGAACUUCACGGUAUGUUAACCGGUGCUGUAAGCUUGACGACUGGAGAAAUAGUGAAGCCAGCAUAUGGAGGAAAAUCCGAGGCUUUCUUAACCGAUGUUGUUUCUCCGAUAUAUGAAGUUAUUCGUCAGGAAGCUAUGAAAAACAGAGAUGGGACAACCGAUCACUCGACGUGGAGGAAUUAUGAUGACUUGAAUGAAUUUUUCUGGUCUCCCGAGUGCUUCGAGCUCGGUUGGCCCAUGAAUUCGAAUCACGAUUUCUUUUUUGUCGACACUUCGAAAGAUGACAAAGAGAAGAAAACUCCAACACCAAACAGAAAUACUCGUGAAGAAGAUAAUGAUGAAAACGUUAGAGAUGUGGAAAUGGGAGCCAAUGUUGUUAAACCCCAAGAACCAAAAUGGCUCGGCAAGACGAAUUUCUCCGAGAUUCGUUCAUUUUGGCAGGUUUUCAGAAGCUUUGAUAGAAUGUGGAGCUUCCUUAUUUUAUCACUGCAGGCAAUGAUAAUUAUGGCCUCACAUGAAUUGGACUCUCCUUUAAAACUACUCGACACGACUGUACUCGAGGAUGUCAUGAGUAUUUUCAUAACAUCAGCUGUCGGCCUUCUCUACUUCUUGUCAUGCUUCUGGGGCUUCUACCCGGUUUUCGAGGCCAUAUUCACUUUUCCUCAAGAGCGCACGAUGCUCGAAAAGGAGCGGUCGUCGGGCACGUACCGCCUCUCGUCCUUCUUCAUGGCCCUCACCCUCGGCGACCUCCCGACCGUCCUCGUCCUCCCAACCGCCUUCUACACGGCGGUUUACUGGAUGGCGGGCCUCAAGCCCAGGCCCGGCCCAUUCCUAUCGGGCCUUGCGGUGACCCUUUACGGCGUGUUGUGCGCGCAGGGCCUGGGCCUCGUCAUCGGGGCACUCGUCAUGGACGCCAAGUCAGCGAACGCGCUGGCGUCGGUCGUGGUGCUCGUCUUCCAGCUGACGAGCGGUUUCUACGUGCAGAGGAUGCCCGGGUUUAUCGGGUGGAUACGGUAUGGGUCGAUCAUGCAGUACACGUACAAGCUGUACCUCGGGACGCAGUACGGUCCGGGCCAGACGUAUCCGUGCGGGCCGGGUCGGGUCUGUCAUGUGGCGGAUUUUCCGGCGGUGCAGGCUGUUGGGCUCGGCGGGAAAGGGGUGUGCGUGGCCGCGUUGGGGCUGAUGCUGGUGGGGUAUAGGGUGGUUGCUUACGUGGCGCUGAUGAGGAUUGGGGUGACGGGGAAAUAA